UUGGUGGGGUUUCAAUAUUCCGCCCAGGCGCCGACUGAGGGAAAAAAAUCUGAGAGAAAGCAGCCAAUCAAUCCGCCAUCGUUAUUUUCUUCUUAAGAAUCUGCAAUGGGAAAAGAGAAGGUUCACAUCAACAUUGUGGUCAUCGGCCAUGUCGACUCCGGGAAAUCGACCACUACUGGUCACCUCAUAUACAAACUUGGUGGUAUCGAUAAGCGUGUGAUCGAGCGGUUUGAGAAGGAAGCCGCCGAAAUGAACAAAAGAUCAUUCAAGUAUGCAUGGGUACUCGACAAGCUCAAAGCGGAGCGCGAACGUGGUAUCACCAUCGAUAUUGCACUUUGGAAAUUCGAAACCACAAAAUACUACUGCACUGUCAUUGAUGCGCCCGGGCAUCGUGAUUUCAUCAAGAACAUGAUCACCGGAACCUCUCAGGCAGAUUGUGCCGUUCUCAUUAUCGACUCCACAACCGGAGGCUUUGAAGCAGGUAUUUCGAAAGACGGACAGACUCGCGAACAUGCCCUUCUCGCUUUCACUCUCGGUGUUAAACAGAUGAUCUGUUGCUGCAACAAGAUGGAUGCCACCACACCCAAGUACUCAAAGGCAAGGUACGACGAGAUUGUGAAGGAGGUUUCUUCCUACCUCAAGAAAGUUGGCUACAAUCCUGAAAAGAUCCCAUUUGUGCCAAUCUCCGGAUUCGAAGGUGAUAACAUGAUAGAGAGAUCAAGCAACCUGGACUGGUACAAGGGACCCACCCUCCUUGAAGCCCUCGACUUGAUCCAAGAGCCGAAACGCCCUACAGAUAAGCCGCUUCGUCUUCCCCUUCAAGAUGUUUACAAAAUUGGCGGCAUUGGAACGGUUCCAGUCGGCCGAGUUGAGACGGGUGUCCUCAAGCCUGGAAUGGUGGUCACCUUUGGACCUACUGGACUCACCACUGAAGUCAAGUCCGUCGAGAUGCACCACGAAGCCCUUCAGGAGGCUCUCCCCGGCGACAAUGUUGGGUUCAAUGUUAAGAAUGUUGCUGUCAAAGACUUGAAACGUGGUUUUGUGGCUUCUAAUUCAAAGGAAGAUCCUGCCAGGGAAGCUGCAAAUUUCACUUCUCAGGUCAUCAUCAUGAACCACCCCGGCCAGAUCGGCAAUGGUUAUGCUCCUGUCCUUGACUGCCACACUUCCCACAUCGCCGUCAAAUUUGCCGAGAUCUUGACCAAGAUCGACAGGCGUUCCGGCAAGGAGCUCGAGAAGGAGCCGAAAUUUCUCAAGAAUGGAGAUGCCGGUUUCGUGAAGAUGAUUCCCACCAAGCCAAUGGUGGUCGAGACGUUCUCCGAGUAUCCGCCGCUCGGAAGAUUUGCAGUGAGGGACAUGAGGCAGACGGUGGCUGUCGGGGUUAUCAAGAGCGUGGAGAAGAAGGAUCCGAGCGGAGCAAAGGUGACCAAAUCGGCUGCCAAGAAGAAAUGAAUAGUGCAUUGCUGUUUGAAUAAGGACGAGCGGGAAUCCAUCGAGUUGGUUUCUGGUGUUUGGAUGCAGAACUGGGUGCUUGACAGACGGUGGCACUGCUCUCUACAGUUAUCUUUUUAGUUGUUGUCUUGUGUUGUUUGUUUCCCUUGUGUUCAAGGCUGUACUGCUUUUCUAUGGUCGUAUUAUUUAUCGCUGCUUAUUAUGAUUGUACUGUUGUUGUUGUAUGAGUUUGAAUUUGAUGUUAUUUGAGUUUUUGCGUUC